AAGAAAGUAAUUGCUAUUGUUGAAAACAAAUUACCAGAAAACUUCAACACUCCCCAAAAGCAAAAAAAAGCCAUUUUACAAGAAAUUGAAGUAGCCAAAAAAACUGGAAAUGAGAUAGAAGAUGAAGAAGGAAAAAAAAUAAACAAAAUUUUUGAUUCUAAAGACCCUGAUUUACAAAAAUUUAUAAGAAAAAUUUUGCAAUCUAUUGAUGAGAAAAAUGACAGAAUCUUGCCUACUGAAACACCUGCUGAUUGUCUGUAUACUUUCGUUGAACUCUUUGUUUUCAAAUGUUUAAGCGACUUGGGGAUACUUGAACAAGGAACUAAUUUUGAUCAUUUAUUGGAGAGAUAUAAAUAUGAUAUUGACAAACCAGAAGAAAAAGCUCUCGAGUAUUAUGUGAAAACUAUUCGUCCUGAAAUAAAGAGAUUAUUUCCAGAGAGCAAGAUUGAUGGGACAACUAUAAUCAAUGGAACCAUAUUUGUAAGCAAAGGUAAGGCCGUUACUGAAUAUGGUUUAGUUUUUAAAAAGGUUUUACUAAGGUUUAAAGACUAUAAAAAGUUGGAAAACAUUAGUUAUGAUUUCAAAAGUCAACUAUUUGAAACUUUCUUAAAAGAGGAUAAGGGUAAAAAAGAUUGGGGACAAUUUUUUACUCCUUUAAAGGUGGUUCGUGCCAUUAUAAAAAUGGCAAAAGACGAUAUAAGAGAAGGGAUAGAAAUCUGUGAUCCUGCUUGUGGAGUUGGAAAAUUUUUGCUUGAAGCAUUAAUAACUAGUUCAAAAAAAUUAGACCAUUUAUAUGAUAAAGACAAAAAAAAGUUGAAAAUUACCAUUCAUGGUUUCGAUAAAGGAACUGAUGAAGGUGAACAAAGAACAAUUAUUUUAGCAAAAGCCAAUAUGCUUAUUUAUUUUUCUGAAUUAAUAAAGGAAAAUCCCAAGUUAACAGAGGAUUUUUCCAAAUUGUUUAAUGACAGUUUUGUUAUAAAAACUAAUCCUGUUCUUGGGACAUUAGCCGAACCUGAAAAAGAUAAAUAUGACCUAAUUUUAACAAAUCCGCCUUAUGUAAUAAGUGGUAGUGGGAAUUUAAAAGACAAAAUAAGGGAAAAAGAUAGUUUGUCAAACUACUACAAAAUUGAUGCUUCGGGCUUUGAAGGCUUGUUCAUGGAAUGGAUAAUCAGGGCAUUAAAGCCUAAUGGCAAAGCUUUUGUUGUCAUUCCUGAUGGAAUUCUUAACCGAAAAAAUGACCAAAAAUUACGUCAAUUUAUUAUAAAUGAAUGUUUUAUUGAUGGCAUCAUUUCUUUACCAAACAAGACUUUUUUUAACACAUCCAAAAAAACGUAUAUUCUAUGUUUAACCAAAAAAAAUAGCAAAGGUGAUGUCCAAACAGACCCUGUUUUUACUUAUCUA